GCAGGGAUUCGCGUAUGUUAAAACAUUAGGAAAUGCUUUUUCUAAAAGAAAAGAGCGGCAAUUUGAACUUAUCCGAACUAAUGUGUGAAAUGGCGGAACUAAUAAUUAUUUCAACUUCUACCUGACUUCAAAACUUGAACAACUUUUAUUUAUCCCACUUUUUUUUGCCCUCAUUUACAGGUAAAGACAGAUAAAAAUAUGCAAUUCCAUAGGAUUUCCCGCCAUAAAGUUGCGACUUAAUGAGAUCUUCGUUUUUUUUCUCAAUUAAACUAUUUAAAAACGUGCGCUUUUGUGUUAAGUAAACUACCGAUGGCCAAUCAAGCAAACCACGUCAAUCGUCAAUUCAUUCGCCGAGUUCUAUUUUAGCAAAUAUCGCGACUAUUACAAAAGGUGCGCUUCGUUUAGCCGCUUGAAUAGAAAACAUAUAAAACGAGAGCUACAUUCAGAAAAGCCGUUCUUCAUAUAUAGCUGCAGUUCUUACCGCUGGUAUAAAAUGUGAUUAUUCGAAUGAACCUAAACGACAUUUCAUUUCGGUUCUUUACUUCAAUUUAUCCUUACGUAGUUACUUGCUGCUUUAUUUUGUAACCGCCAGUUUGGUAAUACCUACGAAAGCAAAGGAAUACCAAUAAAGCAAAUUACAAUUCAAACUGAAUUUCAAUAUCUUUCUGUCACUGACGACCCAACUAUUUUGCCCUCUCUCAACCCCGCAAUGAACAUUGUCUGCUGUGUUUUACGUAAUACAUAGUCUUUCUACAAAAAGAGUUACCUCUACCGUUUCUAUCUUGCCCAAAAAAGUCUAAAAAGGUUUUGUGCAUUAGAAAUUACUUAAAAUGGAAGCAAGUUUGAUUUCGAUGACUGACAUUCAAAACGAAAUAUCCGAGUCCUGUUGUCGAACUAGCGAGAAGUUGUCGGCAGACACUGCUAAACUCGUGAGUUCCGUCGUGUCCCAAAUGCGACCGGUGACUCCGCUGUCCCUGGUAAUCCGAACCCCUCCUAAAUCAUCCGGAUCCGACUACCCGCAGGUGCAGCAGAACUACCCGAUGGUCAGCAAUUUCUCCCCCAACACCCCUCUAAACUUCACAACUACCGCCUCUUCAGCCGGGACGCCGACAAGUAUGUCUGGCAUGGACAUAUCCGAAUCCAGUCCGAAAAUAAGGAACAAAUUCAUCCCGUCUGACCCGCAACAGGAAUGCGCAGUAUGCAGCGGGCGAGCCUCGGGAAAGCACUUCGGCGCAUACACUUGCGAGUCGUGUAAACUCUUCUUCCUCCGGAUUCUCAAGAUCAAAAACGGAGCUGGACGACCUCUGGUGUGUGCCAACUCAAACCAGUGUCCGGUCACGGUGAAUACCCGGUCCAUGUGUCGUGCUUGUCGCUUCCAGAAGUGUGUGGACGCUGGAAUGGCCAAGGAAAAGUGUGUCUAUGGAAGGAAUGCGAGAAUGAUCAACAGCCAGAACUCAUCAAACACACAUGGCUUCAGCAUAGUCCAGAGUCGAGAGUUCAAAAAAUCAACGUCUUCGACUCCCGAGGAACACGGAUUCAAUUCCACAACUCCUGCUGCUAACACCUAUCAUCAGACCACCAAUUUCGUGCAGCAGGGCAAAAAGUGUUCAUCCAGUUCGACUGUGUACCCUAAGAUACGAGUCCCAGUUUCGUCCAUACCUUCCGUCAUUCAAGCUUACAAAGUGGUGGUAUCACCGCCAUCAGUGAGCAGUUGUUCUUCCCAGCAUAGCCACAGUUCAACAAGUAGUUCUUUGUUUUCAUUUAACCCCCAUAAGCGCCAGAUUAGUCAAACUCAGACGUAUCAGAAUCGGUACAACCAGAUACAAUUCCAGGGAACCAGUUUGGGAACAUCAGCUCCUUCACUGACAAUUCCAAUACCCGCACCCCCCUCGCUAAUACCGUCCAGUUCGGCAAAACUUAUACCCAUCCCGCCGCCGCCACUUGUCAUCCCCUCGAAACCCGAGGAAAAGACGUCGGCAACAACUACCGGAGCCAUACCCAUACCCAAACUUAUAGCCGCAUAUCAGUCUGAGCAUAAUGCAUUCUUCAGCGCGCGUUUCGCCCGCACCAAUUCCGACCCCGAAAACGCAAAAACAAACGCCGCUGAAGUUUUCCGACCUCACGAAUCGGAGAAAAACAGUCCCAAGUCCGACAACUCGGACGACUCGGGUUACUGUCAAACCGACUCAAGCUAUGAGGACCAAAAUCGUGGAUGCCAACUCUCCAAACUGGCCAAGUACCCGAAAGGCGCGGUGAGAAUUCUGGGAACCCGAAACGACGAGGGCAAUCAUCACUCGGGCUCGUCUUCGGGAAGAGGAAGUGAAGACUCCUUCAGCAAUUCAAGUAGUGGCGACGACAGUCCUGCACUCAAAUUGAAUCUGAAGUGUGGAGAAAACACGGAGAGAGCGACUGUUUUGCUGCCACAAAUUUACCUGCAGAGGGAUGUUGACAAAGACUAUUUCCCCGAAUUGCCGCAAUUUGCCGAAGACAUUUUCAACGAUCCAGUCCUCACGACUCGCUUCAAGACGACUCAGCACGAAGAUGAAGUCGCGCUUGCUCUCAUCAUGACGAAACUCACACCUGACGAAAACAUCCGGCUUGAAAACUGGGUCGAGUUAUUCGAAGAGUAUCGCAAAAAUUGGCUACCCUGUUUACUAGAACAAAUCGAGCAAUUCAAAUCAAAACAUAUUCACAUAAGUUUGCUCGAAUUUGAUUGUCAGUUCCUACUUUCAACCUACAUCCCGAAAAACCUGUCGUUUCGCCCGCUAGUAACGAGUCACAACAUUUCUCCCGAGGCUCUCAAACCGAUUCUGUUCGGAAGCAUCUUUGGGCUAAACUUGCCAGUUCAUCACUUCGUGUGCAAAAGCGAUGUUCGCUUUCCCAAAAUCGUGAACGAAAUGCUGAAAGUCGAAUGUCGUGUAAUCAAAACAUUGAAGCUUCUAGAACUUUCUGAGCUAGAACUAGCACUUAUUACAAACUACCUAUCGCUUAAGACCUUCCGGCGACACUUGCCGCUGGUGUGUGCGACAGAAAUGCGUCGCGAAGAGUCUUUCAUGGACAAUAUUUUCAUCACUGUCAUGGAAGUGAACAAACGCGAGAGGGUGGUGAGAGCGAUCCAUCUAGUAUGCGAAUUCACCCUCGCCAAAUCGGACGUGUUCUUCAAGUUCUUACAAUCGGGCACGAACGAAAUCUGCUAAGUCGCCAGAAGCUAAACUAUACUAAACUACUCUACGUUUCAGUCUAACAUUUACAAAACUAUUCUGGAACUUAAUUGAUGACUUGUUGUUCAUUUCUGUUCAGCAGGUGAUAAUUUCGAUCUACAAUUUGUGAUCUAAAAUUGAUGUUAUUUUCGCAGAUGUAUCAUUUUCUUUAGUUCGAUGAAUGUACCAAAUUGUAAUUACUGUUGAUGCUGACUGCGUCUUGGCAGUUAGUUAGCUAUAUUGAUUUGUCCAUAUUUUUGAUAAGGUUUUAUUUUGCCAAUUACAAAAAUAGUUUUCGAAAUA